AUGCCGGACUACAGUAUUUGGUAUUGGCAUGGUGAAAAAUUUCCUCCCACGGAUAAUUCUUCUUCUAUUAACGGCAAUGAAGCUGAUGAGAGAGAGCCGAAUGGUUUUGAUGAUAAUGAAGUGGGUUUUAAUGAUGACAUGGAGGAAGACAGGAUAGAAGAGAUGAUAGACGGGUUAGGCGAUCAUGUUAAUGAAGAUUCUCAUAUAUAUGAGAAUGUGUCGAAAGCAGCUGAGACACCGUUGUAUCCCGGUUGUUCUAAGUAUUCCAAGCUUUCUGGGAUUUUAACUUUAUAUAACUUGAAAGCGAAGAGCGGGUGGACCAAAACUAGUUUCACUUUGUUGUUGGAAACCCUCUCUGAUAUGUUUCCAGAAGGAAAUGACAUUCCUAAGUCGACUUCCUAUGAGAAGAAGUUGAUGUGUCCAUUGGGUUUAGAGUACACCAAGAUCCAUGCAUGUCCUAAUGAUUGUGUGCUAUAUCGAAAGGAGAAUGCAAAAUUGGACGCUUGCCCAAAGUGUGGUGUGUCACGAUACAAGCGAGAGGGCUUAAAUAAGGAUCCCUUGAAGUGGCCACCAGCUAAGGUAGUGUGGUAUCUUCCUAUAAUACCAAGGUUGAAGCGCCUGUUCUCAAUUAAGGAUGAAGAAAAGAAGUUGGUAUGGCAUGAAAAUGAGAGGAAGAAGGAUAGGUUGAUCAGACACCCAGCUGAUUCGUUGCAAUGGAAAGACAUUGACAAGACAUUUCCAGAAUUCGGGAAGGAGCCAAGGAACAUAAGACUGGCAUUAAUUACGGAUGGGAUGAAUCCAUUUAGCACUCUUAGUAGUCAACAUAGUACAUGGCCUGUUCUUUUGUCAAUAUACAACCUACCUCCUUGGUUGUGCAUGAAGCGCAAGUACAUCAUGUUAUCACUUCUAAUCCCAGGUCCUAAACAACCUGGCCAUGAGAUAGAUGUUUAUUUGGAGCCCCUUAUUGACGAUUUGAAACUGUUGUGGGAUGAAGGUGUUGUGACAUUUGAUGCUCUUUCGGGUACAAAUUUUAGAUUAAGAGCCAUGGUGUUUUGUACCAUAAAUGACUUUCCCGCAUAUGGAAAUUUGUCAGGGUACAAAGUCAGAGGAGAAAAACCAUGCCCUAUUUGUGAGGAUGACAUGCAAAUUACACGUUUGACGCAUUGGGGGAAGAAUGUGUACAUGCAUACCAGACGAUCACUUCGUCGAAAUCACCCAUACAGGAAGAUGAGACAACAAUUCAACGGGCAUGUUGAGAAGGGAGUGAGUCGUGAGCCAUUGACAGGAAUUGAAGUGUAUGAGAAAAUUAAAAAUGUUAAGACAAUCUUCGGUAAGAUGCACAGAGAAAAACCAAAGAAGGGUGUGUUGUGGAAAAAAGUGUCUAAGUUGUGGGAUCUGCCUUAUUGGAGCACUUGGAAGACAAAGGAUGGUGAUAAUGUGCGUAGAGACAUGAAGGAAGCCAAAAUUCGACCUAAGUUAUGGCGUGAGGAUAAUGAAGUGACGAAAAAAGCAUUUUUUCCCCAUGCGUGUUAUACAUUGUCUAGAGAAGAAAAAAGGAUCUUUUCCCAUGAUUGUCAUGUGAUGAUGCAAGUGUUCAUGCCAAUUGCACUCCGAGGCCUUUUGCCAAAACAUGUUAGGCAUGCUAUUGUGAAGCUUUGCUUGUUUUUCAAUGCAAUUUGUAGUAAGGUGAUAGAUCCAAAAACACUCGAAGAUAUGGAAUAUGAUAUUGUUGAAACAUUAUGCAAAUUCGAGAUUACCCAUUUGCCUCGUGAGAUAAAGGAGUGUGGUCCUGUAUUUAUGCGUUGGAUGUACCCUUAUGAGAGGCAAAUGGGUACUUUGGUAGAUAAGGCAAAGAACAGGGAAAAUCCUGAAGGGAGCAUCGUUAAAGGGUUCAUAGCAGAGGAAGCUGGGAACUAUUGUUCAGUGUUUUUAGCUAAGGCUAAAGAAAUUGGGAUUCCGACUUCUUGUCACGAGGGAAGACUUCAAGGAAAGGGUACAGAACAUAAUCGCCACUUUGUUGAGUGGUUUGAAGGCCAAGUGAAGCUUGGAUUGAGUAGAGAUGAGAAUGUUUCUGAAACGAUCAAGUGGCUUUCACGAGGUCCACAACCACUUGUUUAUACUUAUGAGGGUUACGAUAUCAAUGGAUUUACUUUUGCCACUUGUCGUCAAGAUGAAAAAAGUGUGCAACAAAAUAGUGGUGUUUUCGUGGUUGCAUCUUCUACUGAAUACUCAAGUUCUAGGGAUACAAGGCCAGUUGAAGCUACACAGGCAUAUUACGAUGUCAUUCAAGAAAUCUGGGAGUUGGAUUAUGUUGAUUUCACAAUUCCUUUAUUUCGUUGCACAUGGGCUGAUAACCGUCGUGGUAUGAAAACCGAUGAGUUAUUUGGAUUCACCUUGGUUGACUCUAGUCGAUACAUUGAUGGUGAAGAGCCUUUUGUAUUAGCUUCACAAUCGAAACAAGUAUUCUACAUCAAGGAUAAUAUAGAUCCGCAAUGGCGUGUUGUAGUUGAAGGAAAGAGAAAAAUCACUAGUUGA